UAUGACUUAUCAGGUGGUUUUGAGCAACGAGGAGGAGGGAAGUAGAGCGCUUUCUAUUGUAGUUACCAUAUUUCCAAACAACACAGAAACAGAGAGGACAGAUUCAUUUUUCCUCAUCUAGUGAGAAAAAAAGGAAGUUGUUGAGUUUGAGAAAGUUGUCGAGUUUGAGAAAGUUGUCAGUGUCACUCAGAGUUUUACACCAUGGCAGGCGGCUCGGUAUCGGAGUGUAAGGAAUACUUGUUCAAAGUCCUCGUCAUCGGGGAGUUAGGUGUGGGGAAAACCAGCAUCAUCAAACGAUAUGUCCACCAGCUAUUCUCCCAACACUACAGAGCGACUAUUGGGGUAGAUUUUGCACUCAAAGUGAUCAACUGGGACAGCAAAACGUUGGUGCGGUUACAACUAUGGGAUAUCGCAGGUCAGGAGCGAUUUGGGAACAUGACGCGGGUGUACUACAAGGAGGCGGUGGGGGCAUUCGUGGUAUUUGACGUGACGAGGGGCUCCACGUUUGAGGCCGUGUCCAAAUGGAAACACGACUUGGACAGCAAGGUGAAACUGGCCAAUGGGAGCCCUAUCCCCUCAGUGCUGCUGGCCAAUAAGUGUGACCAGAAAAAUGAGACUUCCAACAACACAUCCCUCAUGGACAACUUCUGUAAAGAGACUGGCUUCCUGGGCUGGUUCGAGACCUCGGCCAAGGUGGGAAAAGGCAGUGUGGAACAUCGAACACUGAAUAGAUGGGGAAAAGUCAAAGGCAAGAAUAGCAUGAAAAGGACAACAUCAACGUGGAUGAGGCAGCUCGGUUCCUGGUGGAGAACAUCCUGCUGAAUGACAAGGGCCUGCCGUACGAGGAGAGCAACGGAGACCGCAUCAAACUGGACCAGGAGACUAUGGCUGCCGAGAGUAAGUCAGGCUGCUGCUAGCAGUGAGGACUCCUUCUGUGUCCACCCUCCGGCUUGCACCCCAGCCCACCUCACACAGAAGGCCUAGAGGUCAAGGACUGGGUCUCCGAGCCCCCCCUACCGCAGCCCCCAUCUUCUGUCUCUACUAUCACAACAGGGGCUGCUGUUCAGGGAGGGUGUGACCCUGAACCCAAUUCCUCACUCCAAGCUGUCAUUACUAUGGACUUCCUAACUUCUAACCCCCCCUAUGAGGAAGGGGUACUGUCCAGGGAGUGGGUCCCGGCAGAUCUCAACCCACUGACUCUGGACCCUGCCAACCCCAUCCCAACACCCCACGUUUCCCCCCUCCUUGCCCCCAGACGUGAUCUAGUGCCCUCCCUGAUGCUCUGUGUUAUGAGGCUCUGGUUGUGGAAGACAGAGGAGCACCCUGAUGGAGGUGACAUUAGAUAUAGAAACUUACCCUCUUACCAUUACCAGUAUGUUCUCAUUGUUCUGACACUGUUGUCACAAUCACGCAUGUAACUGUCAUGUUUCAUAUGGUGCCAAGAGGUUUAAAAAGAAUAAUGUUAAGGUGUAAACAAAGGUGGGACUAAGGCUGUGGUAUAACUAAUACGUUUUUGUCUGUUUUUUAUCAUGAUGAUCUGUGUAAUGUUUGAGUGUUCUAGACAAUGCUAGUCACACAAAUAAGUCUUGAAAGAAAAAAAACAGAGGGUACCAUAGGAUAGAUCAGUUUUAAUAUUGCAGAUAAUUUGAUAGAACCUAAAAUCUAAUAGUUUGCAUAAUUUCUAAUCCUGUUUAUUUUUACCCAACACUACCACCCCUCCCCAGAUUGGAGUAAACUCACGAACCACAAUACUUUAUCUGCUCAACAAUACUUAUACUGCUACUUACAGCUUUCACAUGUCCGGUGCAUGUAGUUAACUAAUUAUACAUAUAUUCCUCAUUUCCUCUUUCUGCAGUUGCUGGAUUUUCACUUGAUGUCUUUGUGAUAGAUGUACUCUUUCGUACUAAGAGGUGUAUUUUUUUAAACAUUGUGUUUGAUCAUGGAUGUAUAAUUCCUUGUGAGGUACAAAAAGCAUCAGGCAGGGGAGUGAACCAUCCCUCUGCCCAGGUAGUUGAGUAUCAUAGGCAAGUGUAAAUUCUUUUUUUAAGUGCUGGGUCUAUUAAAUGUAUGUGACAUUAUACAUUGAAUCAACUACAAGAACGAAAAAUAAAACAUUUUAAUUGCA